AUGCGGUCCUCAGUGUCUCGGCACGCGUACGCCACCAAGGGGGGCUUCAGCUCCACCUCCGCCAGCGGAGGGGCCGGGGCCCGCACCCACACCAGCUUCAGCUCGGUGACCCUGUCCCGGAGCAGCGGCGGGGGUGCCCGCUGCGGCCCCAGCAAGGGCGGCUUUGGCAGCCGGAGCCUCCAUGACCUGGGCGGCGGCAGAAGCCUCUGGGUCAGUGCGGCCCCGGGGGCCUCCUCGGGCCGGGCUCUGGGAGGCCUUGGCUUUGGCAGUGGGGUCUACGCCGGCCUGGGGGCUGGCAGGCAGAUGUUCGGGCCUGCCUGUCCCCCUGGUGGGAUCCAGGAGGUCACUGUGAACCAGAGCCUGCUGACCCCUCUGCACGUGGAGAUUGACCCUGAGAUCCAGAGAGUGCGCACCCAGGAGAAGGAGCAGAUCAAGACCCUCAACAACAAGUUUGCCUCCUUCAUCGACAAGGUGCGCUUCCUGGAGCAGCAGAAUAAGGUGCUGGAGACCAAGUGGACGCUGCUGCAGGAGCAGGGCCAUGGCUCGGGCGUCAGCAGGAACAGCCUGGAACCCGUCUUUGAGGCCUACGUGGGCAGCCUGCGCAGGCAGCUGGACACCCUCCAAGGGGAGCGCGGGAGGCUGGACUCGGAGCUGAGGAACGUGCAGGACCACGUUGAGGACUUCAAGAACAAGUAUGAGGAGGAAAUCAACAGACGCACGGCUGCGGAGAACGAGUUCGUGGUGCUCAAGAAGGAUGUGGAUGCCGCUUACGUGGGGCGAACAGAUCUGCAGGGCAGAGCCAGCACCCUGACCCAGGAGAUGGACUUCCUGCGGCACGUCUACGACAUGGAGCUGAGCCAAGUGCAGACUCACGUGUCUGAGACCAACGUGGUGCUGUCCAUGGACAACAACCGCUCCCUGGACCUGGACAGCAUCAUCGCCGAGGUCAAGGCCCAGUACGAGCUGAUCGCCCAGAGGAGCCGCGCCGAGGCUGAGGCCUGGUACCAGACCAAGUACGAGGAGCUGCAGGUGACGGCUGGGAAACACGGUGACAGCCUGCGGGACACCAAGAACGAGAUUACGGAGCUCACGCGCACUGUCCAGAGGCUACAGAGUGAGGCGGACGCAGCCAAGAAGCAGUGCCAGCAGCUGCAGGCGGCCAUCGCGGAGGCCGAGCAGCGCGGGGAGGUGGCCCUCAAGGAUGCGCAGAAGAAGCUUGGGGAUCUGGACGUGGCCCUGCACCAGGCCAAGGAGGACCUGGCCCGGCUCCUGCGCGACUACCAGGCCCUUCUGAGCGUGAAGCUGGCGCUGGACGUGGAGAUCGCCACCUACCGCAAGCUGCUGGAGAGCGAGGAGAGCAGGAUGUCCGGAGAAUGCCCCAGCGCGGUCAGCAUCUCGGUGACCGGCAGCUCCACCACCACGUGCGGCGGCGGCGGCUUCUCCCUGGGUGGGGGCGGGGGCGCCAGCAAGGGCGGGGCCAGCACGAGCCUGGGCUACGGCACCGUCAAGGGAGGGGCCGUCUCUGGGGGCUCCUCCAUCCUGCGCAAGACCACCACGGUGAAGACGGGCAGCAGGAGGUACUAG